UUAACCGGAGUUCGCUUCCUUGCUCGUAUUGGUUCCUUGCUCAGGUGGCAAUCACUUCCACACUCUGCGAGGAACCCUCAUCCUGCUCGUGGUCUUGUUCUCCCUGUUGAACUGGAGCUUCCGCUUCUUUGGUGAAGCAGCCACGCGAACCAUGGGUUCCGAUGCUGAUAUGGAGGAUUAUGGUUUUGAGUACUCGGAGGAGGAACCCGAGGAGCAGGAUGUUGAUAUCGAGAAUCAAUACUACAAUUCAAAAGGCCUGGUUGAAACUGAUCCAGAGGCUGCUUUAUCUGGUUUUGCUGAAGUUGUGCGAAUGGAGCCUGAAAAAGCAGAGUGGGGAUUCAAAGCUCUAAAACAGACUGUUAAGCUUUAUUAUCGACUUGGGAAGUAUAAGGAGAUGAUGGAAUCCUAUAGGGAAAUGCUAACAUAUAUCAAAUCAGCUGUUACACGCAACUACAGUGAAAAAUGUAUUAACAACAUCAUGGAUUUUGUCUCUGGACCAGCUAGUCAGAAUUUUGGUCUUCUGCAGGAGUUUUACCAGACGACACUGAAGGCACUCGAAGAGGCGAAGAAUGAGAGGUUGUGGUUUAAAACCAAUUUGAAACUUUGCAAAAUUUGGUUUGAUGUUGGCGAAUAUGGUAAAAUGAACAAGAUACUCAAAGAACUCCACAAAUCUUGUCAAAGAGAAGAUGGCACUGAUGAUCAUAAAAAGGGUACCCAACUAUUGGAGGUGUAUGCUAUUGAGAUCCAAAUGUAUACUGAAACAAAGAACAACAAGAAAUUGAAGCAAUUAUAUCAAAAAGCCCUAUCAAUCAAAUCAGCGAUACCUCAUCCACGAAUUAUGGGAAUAAUCCAUGAAUGUGGUGGGAAAAUGCACAUGGCUGAGCGUCAGUGGGCCGAUGCUGCUACUGACUUCUUCGAAGCAUUCAAGAACUAUGAUGAAGCCGGAAAUCAUAGGCGCAUUCAGUGUCUCAAAUAUCUUGUUUUGGCCAAUAUGCUAAUGGAAUCUGAGGUGAACCCAUUCGAUGGACAAGAAGCAAAACCAUAUAAAAACGACCCUGAAAUCUUAGCAAUGACAAAUCUGAUAGCUGCGUAUCAGAGAAACGAAAUAUUUGAAUUUGAAAAAAUCUUGAAGAGCAACAGGAAAACGAUUAUGGACGAUCCUUUCAUCCGAAAUUACAUCGAGGAUCUCUUAAAGAAGAUCAGGACCCAAGUUUUGCUCAAGCUUAUUAAGCCGUAUACGCGGAUUCGAAUUCCUUUCAUCUCGAAGGAGCUCAACGUGCCGGAGAAAGACGUCGAGCAGCUAUUGGUAUCCUUAAUUCUGGACAAUCGUAUCCAAGGCCACAUUGAUCAGGUCAAUCGGCUUCUGGAGCGGAGCGACAGAUCAAAGGGAAUGAAAAAAUAUGCAGCUGUAGACAAGUGGAACACUCAGCUCAGGUCUUUGUACAAGACUAUUUCCAAUAGAGUUGGUUGAGAAUCCAUGACCCACUUCCUCCUCUUCCUCUUCUUUUGACUUGAGGUGAGAAUUGUUGUUUCUUGAGUGUGAAUUUUCCUCUGCAUGUGUAGUACAUCUGCCCAGCUCACAAAAAAUAAAAAUUUUGUUACAUCUGCUUUUAUUUUUGAAACUUU